AUGUUCAGUCGCCCUCCGUAUCACGGCUCUCAUGUAUUAUCAAUCGCCGACCUCCAGCGAGAGGCGACCAAGAAGCUACCGCGUCCCUACGCCGAAUUGUUCAACGAAGGAGCGACGGACAUGACCAGCAUGUGCGAGAACACCACCGCUUACGAUCGCCACAAGAUCCGCCCGCGGGUUCUGGUCAAAGUUCCCAACAUCGACACUUCUGCCGUGCUCUUCGGCUCCAAGGUGACCGGUCCGCUGGGCUUUGCGCCCAUCGCUCUAAAUAAGCUCGCCCAUCCCGACGGAGAGCUUGCAACCUCUCGUGCAGUGGCGAAUCUAGGUAUUGGGAUGACCGUCCCGGGGAUCGGCUUGAAUCCCUAUGCGAUCCAACUGACCAUCCUGAAGAAUUGGAGCUAUGCGGUGCAGAUGCUGAAGCGAGCGGAAGCUGCCGGCUACAAAGCGGUCUUCCUCACAGUCGACUAUCCGAUUCUCGGGAUCCGGCACAACGAGCUCCGCAAUGAGAUGGCUCUUCCGGACGGGAUCGCGUACCCCAAUGUCUCUGAUCAGCCUUUGGGCGAGGGUUUUCCGGAUAUCGAAUACGAUCAGCUGGCGCGCUCGCUCACGAGAAUGGAACUCUGGGUGAAGGGCAUCUACACCCCCGAAGACGUGGUCUUGGCGAUCGAACACGGCGUUGACAGAAUCGUCAUCUCCAACCAUGGUGGCCGGCAGCUAGAUGGCGUUCCUGCGACAUUAGAUGUCGUGCGCGAAUGUGCCUCAAUUGCGACGGGGAAGGUGUCGAUGGCCUUUGAUGGGGGAAUACGACGUGGCCCGGAUAUCUUCAAGGCUUUGUCUCUGGGGGCGCAGCAUUGCUUCUUAGGGAGAGUGCCGGUAUGGGGGUUGGCUUAUGGAGGACAGGCUGGAGUGGAGCUUGCAGUAAAAAUCUUCAUGCAUGAGCUGAAGGUUACGAUGGCAUUAGCGGGAUGCAAGAACAUCUGCGAGAUUUCCCGCACUCACCUGGCCGUAGUAGAUCCAAUGGGCGUGCUUUGUGAACUUUAG